AUGGACGAGGAAGAAUCCACGAACACGCUGGAACAACUGGCCCACGCCCUUGAGGAGGACAGCCUGUCGACAUCCUUUUCUGGCGUGCGCGCGCCUGAAACAGCCCUGGCUGUUUUGCGCUAUCGACUUGGAGCCUUACUGGGGAGGCAGAUCACGUGUGGGCAUGCCAACAUGUCCCACAUGAUCGAGUGGCAGGUGGAGUCGCAGGCAGAGUGUUUGGUUGCUGCCAAGCACGAGGGUGGGUGUGUCUUCGGCGACAUCGCUGACUUCUUCCGGGCGGAGUUGAAGCAGAGCGUCAUCCCAGAGCUCCUGCAGAAACCCGCCAUGGCACUGGACGUGCUGAUGCCGCUGCUGCAGAGCAAUCGCCUGGUCCAGACCAGCGCAAGAUGCCUGGCGCACGGGCGGGUGUGCUGCCUCAAAACCUGUAACCGGCACAUUGCGGGCACAUCAUGCAGGCCAUUUUCGCGCCGUGGGGUUGCCUUAGGGACUCACGACCCCGAAGUCAUCUACCUGAUGGCCUGGCUUGCGCUCCGCAUGACCUUGCAGGAACCCGACAUCACGCAGGAGAACGUCGUUGGCUUCCCGCCACACGUCAUCGAGCAAGCGGUCAGCAGCCUCUACUACAUUGAGGUCUGCGACCUUGACGCCGUGCAGUUCGGGUGUGCGUGCGCACGGAAGAGGCAGUUCAUACGGCUUCGACACAAACAGAAGAUCGUCGCCCUGAUCUCGCCGUUGUCCAGGUUUGCUGUUCGGUUCCACCGGGCCGUGAACUUUCACUGGUCGAUGCGCCUCGUUGGUGCCGCUCUGCUCGAGAAGACGUUGUCAUUCUAUCAAGUGGAUGAGCGCGACAUUCCAUGGUAUAGCGAUGAUGGCUCACGCACUGUGGUGAGAUCCGAGUUGAGCCGUCCCAUUCAGCAGGCCACAGUGAGUGAGGCCAUCUUCAGGUACCGUACUGCAGACCACGCCUACCCGCUGUCUGCAGGCGGCUUUAAUCAUCGUGCGGAAGCCUUCUACAGGUGUCACCAGGAAGACGGCAACCACCCCCUGGUUCAGGACGCCCUGACCAGGGGGUUGCGCAAGGUGAAGAUCCUCGAUCACCGAACCCCGGAUUGCGUCUACAAGAAGGUGAUCUCGCUGUUGAACAUGUUCCACCACGGCGCUGGCGAAAAUCACUUGGACGUUCUGACAGAAGCCCUCGAUCUAGAGAACGCUUGGAAAGCAGAAUGUAGAGUGACACAACUCAACACGUACAACCCCCGCUACAGCGAGUCCUAUGAGUCUUUCGUUAUGGCGAAAAGCGCGAGCCCCGAAUACAACCAUCACUUCAAGUCGAAGAAUUCCUACUACACAGCGUUGGCGCUGGCUCAUCACCUACAAAACUACGGAAUCUAUGACAAGGUGGUCGCUUGGUCCCACGCGUUCGUGGACUUCCUGGACCCGUUGUAUGACCCACAGACUUGCAUCAUCACCAUGCAUGCGUUGUCUUCCUUGAUUGUCACAUCCCAGAAGAAGUACAGCUCAAAGCCAAAAAUUGGUGUGAUGAUUUUUGAGGCUGUCAAGGCAUGCGUCCCCGUGUCUGCGCAAGCGCGUGCGGCUGGUCGGACACUGACAUUCGCCUUUCAGAAGGGUGGUGCGGAGACAUCCAAGCUAAUGAACUUGCUGAAUCUGCCCAUGGAAAGCAGUGUUGUGGUGCGAAAAAUGAAAUCGGGCCAGGAAUCCGGCACAGCCCGGGGAGGUCCAUCGGGAGGCAAAGGACACGGUCAAGGUGGUGAGGGUGCCGGCAGGAUCAACCCGGGUUUGGCGGUGAAAGCAGCGUUGUCCGAGAUUGAUAGUCUCGACAUUGAGCUGAAGCCCAGCGAAAUGAAGAAGAUGGGUCGUCCAUCGCCCGCAAAUGUCGACGCAGGCCAGACAGGCGAGGCUGGCGCCGCCACUGCUGGUGAUCCCUGUGCGAAUGAUGAACCAGACCAAAAGAAGCGCAAAACCGGCUCAGGAAAGAAGGCUGCUCGAGGCUUGACUAUCAAAGCUUACGAUGAUGCCGAACGUGCCUUGUUUAGCACGUGCAUCAGCUCUUGUGCUGCAGGAGCACCAGAGACGCGCCCUUUGACGGCUCUCGAUGACAUAGUGGGCGCACUUCGGUAUGCGUUCCAGAUCCUUAAGAAUCGCAAGCUCAUUGACGACGAGGACAGUGAUGGGGUGCUGGACACUUUCGGCUUCUGCAUGUCCCUUUGGCUUGAGUUCGUGUUCCAGGGCAAGGUGAGUGUGUCUGGACGAGAACACCGGUCAUACUCACUUCUACGAGUAGACUUGCAGCAAACACUGCUCGAUGCGAAUGAAACCCUGAGCGCACCCGGUUUCAUCACGACUCACGAUAGUGACAGCCACAGGUCGGCUGUGAAUGCGCUUGAGCUCGCAAAGUUGCUUUGUGAGAGCCUCACAAGUCAACCCGUGAGCGAGAUCAUCUGGGCCGAAGAUGACGAUCCGGACGAGCGUGCAAUCAGGAGUUUGUGUGAGCACAUGACAUGCAAUCGUGAGCACUCAGUCACGCCUUGGAUUGCAUUCAUUUCCCAGACGCUCGAGCUUCCGAUCAUGAUGCACCCUCCCUUGCAAGAAGUCAUGCAAGCCUUGGUCUCUGAGAACUCCGACAGGAAGUUUGUGUUGGUCGAUGUGGUGUCCGUACUCUAUGCGGCCAUUUGCAAGUCAUUGACCCCGGCUAUGUUCGGUUUCGCGUUUGACACUGCUACUGCGUACGGAGAGCGGCAGCAUUUUGUUGAAGGAACUGACAAGGUGUUCAAGACCACAGACACCCUGCAGAAGGUGUGCUCUCUGCGUGUGAGAUACUUGCUCACAUGUCUGAAGGAAGUGUUCUGCCUUGAUUGUGUUGGCCUGGAUGUGAGCGACCACAUCAAGCGCCUCAUCGACAACCUGUGUGCUGUGCCCAUGGUCAGUGACACCUUUGGUGCCCUCGUUUCCUUUGACUCUGUGCAGUUUGCUACGCAUUGGGUGCAUGAGUGGUCGACUUUGAUUGAGAAGUCCGAGUCAGACUCUGUCACAGAAUUCUCACGGAGAGUGCGUGCCACCUUGUGUGCACCGGCUUCGGGCGGGAACAAUCCGACCACGCAAACCUCACACGCAGUCACACCCACAGCUUUGCCCACGGCACGUUUGUUUGCAGCCUGUGGUGAUGCAGGCGACGGCCGCACCAACACCACUAAAGACCAGCCCGAUGGUGCAGACGCCCAUGACGCAAACAAGGCUCCAGCUUCUGGCUCGGGGGGGUCCGGCAGCAUGCUGUCUCUGGCCAAGGCCAACAGCUUCCAAGCGGCCAGCGAAGUGCUGCAGGCGGCAGGAGCUCUAGCGGGGAGUGACGAUGCAAAGCAGCUGCACGUGGACUCGGUGGACACAAUCUUCCUCAAGGUGUUGACACGUCAACUUGAGAUUCUGCAAUGGCAGAUGUAUGAGACUCUCUCGCGGGGAGAAGAUGGCAUCGACAUCAGCUUGGAAAGCAAGAAGAGUGAUGGUUUCUUCAGAAUGAAGGUUCCCGUGCAGGAGAACAUCCGGCUGCCGCACGCGGGAACAUUGUCGACAUCGAAGGUCAAAGGGUCAUUGUUCUUUUGCAGGAUGUUUGGUGUCGACUUCUACAUCAAUCCAAAGGACUCGAAAGAGCUCGCCAAUGUGAGCGGCAGUGGUUGUGAUGUCUUGGUCGCGGCGUGGCAUGCAAAAGUGGCUUCCAAACCCGGUGAAGCCUACCUGAAGCAGGAAUUGGUGAAGCUGCCGUUUGUGUGCUGGCGACGUGGAUAUGAUGCUGAGCAGAACCAGAUGUCCACACGCUGUGCUGCUGAACUUGUGUUCAUGAUUGCCAAAGACGACAAGGACAAAAAUGCCUUGCUGGACCAAGCGAAGCAGAACAACUGGCCACAUUGCCACUUGGCCAAAUGCAUAGUGGGAGCCAUAAUUUAUAGCCGUUGUAACGUUGUAGUUGUUUCUCGCAUGCCACAGUCAUGCGCAUCUCCGACUGUUGUCGCGACCUAG